UUGGUGCCCGACAAAUUCCUAGUAGAUACAUUAUGAAGAGAUGGACAAAAGAUGCCAGGGACAAUCUUCCAGAACACUUGAAAACUUAUCAGAAGGAUGUGAGCAUGCAAGUGUCGAAGACUUUCAGGCACAACAUUAUUUAUGUUAAAGCAUUGGAGAUCGUUAAGUUGGCUAACAAGGGUGUUGAUCAUUUCCAGCAUGGGCUGGCCGCCCUUGAUACAUUGAAAAAGGAAUUGGAGUCAAUUGAAGUAGUUCAAGAAACAGUUCAUGGCACCCGCAGUGCAGUCGCCGUGAAUAAUAAACCAGAUCAACCAAACAUCAACCAUAAAGAUCCUGAGUCUGGAAACCCAACCGUAGUUACCAAGAGAUCGGCGCACAAUUCAAAGCAAGGUCUUGCUAAUGCACAACCGCAAACAGGAGAUGAAUUCCAUGAAACCACGGAAUUAUUUCCUCCCGAGAAGAAGGCCAGCAAGGGAAGACCAAAAACAAAGCGCUUCAAGGCAGCAGGUGAUAGUGCAACCAGAACAAACAAGUGUGCAAUAUGUGGAUCAAAGGACCAUUUCACAAGGUCUUGCCCUUGCCACCUGGUGGGUCCAGUUACCUCAAGCGAUUUAGAGGAGGACAAUUUCAACCAAGAAGAAGAACGUGAUGAUCAAGAUAAGGAUGUUGAGGUGGAAGAAACACAUGUCAGCAUGGGAAGUCAGAGAGGAAGUGGGAGCAUGACUGGCAAGACAAACAACCAAUCUGCAAAGAGGAGGUGCAAAAACUGUGGGUUGGAAGGGCACUAUACUCCUAAGUGUCCAACAUAUGAUGGCCCCAAGAAGCCUCCGAAGGAGGUGACCUGCAAGAAAUGCUUCCUUGGCGGUCACUAUGCAUCGACAUGCGGAGGAGAGUCGUCUUACAAGCGUAAGCGCUAGUAAUAAAAAAUGGCAGGCAAAUAACGACUGCCUUAUGAUCCGUAAUGAUUAGUUCCAUUUCCAUGUCGUGAAGGACCUAAAUUUGUGGAAUUGCUUAAUUUUUAUUUUGGGGCAGUAGCUCCAUCCAGACAAUUUAGUUUU